UCGUACCUGUAAAAAUGUUAUUUAUUGGAAAUUACUCCAUCAUAUAUUAUGUUAUAAGAAGUACCAAGGAGGCUAGCUCAGCUCUGAAGUGCGUGACUUUUCGAGUUUUCAAAAAUAAAGUGAAUAUUUCAUCCUAUUCGUGACUGUGGUAAAUUUUUGACAGACACAUCAUUACCUAGAAAGUGGUUGGUGGUGGUCCGCGAAUAGCACGGAAUACCCCAAGUCUGUUAUUGGUUUGACUUUAUAAUAAUUUUAUGUGAAAAUCACAGAUGAUUUUGUACUCCUUUAAUUUGGAACUCAGCCAAUGCCAAUUAGCAGUGGAGGGACUCAUGAGAAAAGUAGCAAUGCUGGUAAACCUGAGGGAGUGUCUGUGCCCAAGACCAAGAAGCUGUUAUCCGUUGCUCCAUCAGUUUUGCCUCUCUUACCGGCCGUUCCAAAGCCUCCAAAGCUUCAUCAGCGCUCUAACACUACAUUGAGUGGUGGAGUCUGUGGACUAACUGGGGAAGUAGACAUCAAAGACAACAAUAAAGAUCGAAUUACUUUAGAUAGGAGAGGACUAACGUCGUUACCCGUACUUGCGGCAGAUGCACAAGUGAAGCUCCUAUCUCUGCAGCACAAUCUAAUCACUAGGCUCGACAAUAUCUCUACUAUUGGACUCUCAAAGUUGGUGUUCCUUGACGUCUAUGAUAAUCAGCUGGAUAGGAUCGCAGGCCUAGACUCUUUACCUACCUUGCGAGUUCUGCUUAUGGGAAAGAAUAGAAUCAGACGAAUGGAAGGAUUACGGAAUCUAAUGAAGUUGGAAGUCCUAGACUUGCACGGCAACCAGAUAUCACAAGUGGGAGGAUUAUCCUCCCUCUGUGAACUGAAAGUGCUCAACUUAGCCGGUAACCAGAUUCGAUCGCUAGGAGUAGCAGAUCUACAAGGUCUCAGUUCACUACAGGAACUGAACCUACGUCGGAACCGACUCAAGCGGCUGCAGUGUUUCGGAGAAACACCUCAACUGCAAAAACUGUUUUUGAGCAACAAUGAGAUACAAUCUAUUGAGGACAUGAGCAGCGUGGUCAAGGCAGCCCAGAUACGUGAGGUCAGUGUAGAUGGCAACCCCAUCGCUCUUCUUGGAGACUGUGUGUCAUUCCUGGUGUCAUACCUCCCCAACUUGGAGCUUCUCAGCCAAGUUCAGGUGUCAGAUCAGGUGCGCAAGGCAGCAUUGGCCUGGCGAGCGAACAAGGAGCAGACUAGUGCUAUGUUCUCUCACCUCAGCGCUGGCAUCACACUGGAGGAGGAGACCAAGAGAGAAGAGGUGAUUUGCAAUGCUCGGACGAACUGGGAACUGCUGAGAUCACAGACCACCAAACAGCUGCUAAGUAAGCACAGUUCCUCGCUCAAAGACCUGCGGAGUGAGAACAUCAUAGCUCCAGAGGACCAACUUCCCUUGUCUGCAAGAGCAGUCCAUCUACCAGAGAGGGCCGAGGCCCGUAGAAUCACUUACAGCAAGAAGAGAACUGUAUCGCAACAGGUGACUGAACAGGUGCGAAAAGCAGCAAUGGUUUGGAAAGCAAACAGAGAGAAAACCAUAGAAAGAGAAGAAGCUAUCACCAAUGCUCGUGAGAAAUGGGAGACUUUGAAAUGCUCUGAGGUGGCAAAGUCUCAGCUAAGUUCUUCCCUUAGAGAGCUGCGUUUUGAAGAGAUAAUUCCUUUAAAUCAAUCGUUACCUUUGUCCGGCAAAGCUGUACAAUUACCGCAGAGAGCCAAACGAAACAUAUUCUCUAAAAGGAAAAAUCAUAGUCAGGUACAAGAAGCAGAGCCUCUACCACCGUCACACACUGAACCUGUUGAGUUCUUCAGGCUGCCACCGAUCCUGGCACCUCUGCUGCAGAAAGGGGAGAGAGAGGCGGGGGAGAGUGUGUCCAGUGUAGAGCCAGUGGCAGACAGCUCUCUCAGCUCACUACCUGACGAGAGCACUAGUGAAAGUGACACUGGCAAAGGUGAGUCACACUGCAGCAGAAAGGAGGAGAGAGAGGCGGGGGAGAGUGUAUCCAGUGCAGAGCCAGUGGUAGACAGCUCUCUCAGCUCACUACCUGACGAGAGCGAAAGUGACACUGGCAAAGAGCCAGUGGCAGACAGCUCUCUCAGCUCACUACCUGACGAGAGCACUAGUGAAAGUGACACUGGCAAAGGUGAGUCACACUGCAGCAGAAAGGAGGAGAGAAAGGCAGGGGAGAGUUUAUCCAGUGUAGAGCCAGUGGUAGACAGCUCUCUGAGCUCACUACCUGACGAGAGCACUAGUGAAAGUGACACUGGCAAAGGUGAGUCACACUGCAGCAGAAAGGAGGAUAGAGAGGCAGGAGAGAGUGUGUCCAGUGUAGAGCCAGUGGCAGACAGCUCUCUCAGCUCACUACCUGACGAGAGCACUAGUGAAAGUGACACUGGCAAAGGUGAGUCACACUGCAGCAGAAAGGAGGAGAGAAAGGCAGGGGAGAGUUUAUCCAGUGUAGAGCCAGUGGUAGACAGCUCUCUGAGCUCACUACCUGACGAGAGCACUAGUGAAAGUGACACUGGCAAAGCAGAAAUAAGGAGGAGAGAAAGGCAUGGGAGAGUUUAUCCAGUGGCAGACAGCUCUCUCAGCUCACUACCUGACGAGAGCACUAGUGAAAGUGACACUGGCAAAGCAGAAAUAAGGAGGAGAGAAAGGCAUGGGAGAGUUUAUCCAGUGGCAGACAGCUCUCUCAGCUCACUACCUGACGAGAGCACUAGUGAAAGUGACACUGGCAAAGGAGGAGAGAAAGGCAUGGGAGAGUUUAUCCAGUGGCAGACAGCUCUCUCAGCUCACUACCUGACGAGAGCACUAGUGAAAGUGACACUGGCAAAGGUGAGUCACACUGCAGCAGAAAUAAGGAGGAGAGAAAGGCAUGGGAGAGUUUAUCCAGUGGCAGACAGCUCUCUCAGCUCACUACCUGACGAGAGCACUAGUGAAAGUGACACUGGCAAAGGUGCCUCGAGCAAGAAGGGGUCCAGAAGUAGCAGUGUUUCUCAGAGAAAGCAGAUAUUAACUCAGAGAACAACCGGUUCCCGGCCAAAACCAAAACCUCCUCCCAACCCUGGGAAAGUGCGAGAACAAGGUGGCGACUACUUGGUUGAGAUUAGUGGCCGCUACCUCAACGUGUAUGGUCAAGGAGCAUUGAGGUUUAUUGAUCGUCCGUGGAACCCGGUGAAAGCGGGUGACGUCACUCACGUUAGGUUCAACUACGUCAACUUCAACAGCCUCAGCUGUGUACUGGGGCGACUCAAGCAGAGGUUUCCUAAUGCUGAGCACUAUUCGUUCCGGGAAACCAACAUUCACUGCAUGGGCCAACUGAACGCACUAGCAGAUAUACAGGGACUGACUUCUCUCACAAUAAAUGAGGAAGGUAAUCCGAUCACAGGCAAGGAAUGGCGAAGCUAUGCCAUCUAUCGACUGUCUCAUUGGGGUCUACGCGUGAUCAAUGAUCAAGAGAUCAAGGUGGAAGACAUAUCAGUGGCCACCCAGGAGUACAACGGUCUCAGUGAGCUGGUACUGUGGUCUCUGCCAGACAGUCUACUGCAGCCUCUGUUGUCUAGACUGCGGCUGGAGACUACGCAGCAGAGUGCCAGACACUGGCUGUGGGCUGCAGACCCGGCGCUGCGGACUGUAGUGGCUAAGGAGGCAUUGCAGUGGCGUAGGACCAACCUUUCACAGGAGGACAUGUUAUGGAGACACAAAGGUAAAAAUUAUCUGGGAACUCUUCUAGACCAGGCCUGCUCGGCAAUUGUCAAACUGCGGAUGUUGGAUCAACAAUGGCCGACAAUUCUGCGAGAGUUGGUCAGGGACACGUUAGUCGACUACUCAACACUUGAUGCUUACAUGAAACAAUGUAUGAAUAACCUCAAGCUUUAAACAGUCUAUCUUUACUGCAUCAGCUGCCA